AUGAGCACACCACUGGGCCCUCGCCCACGCUGGGGACCCGUUCGCUCACUCUUAUGUCUUGCACCUCUUCUUCUUGUUCCAUUUUAUUCCUUCAAGCUCAACUACGCUCUCCCCGAGCCGAUCACCGACCCAGUAAACCCCAUUACUGGUCUACCUCAGAUAUCCGAGGCGAAUGCCCUUGCACACGCGAAAUAUCUUUCGGAGGACAUAGGCUACCGCACUGUCGGCACGCGUGAACAUGCACUCGGGGACGCGUGGAUGCUGCAACAGGCUGAGUUGCUGCACGCGCAAUGCGAGGAGGUGCUCCGCGUGCACCCUGGGCGAAGACUUCAAUGUGAGGUUUGGCACCAACAGGGCAGCGGGAGUCACCGGUUUGAUAUGAUGGGCAGGCGAUUGUACAAGACGUAUGUAGACCUUACUAACGUAAUAAUCCGUGUCUCGGACGGGACUCCUGCUGGGAAAGAACAUGCCGUCCUGGUGAAUUCGCACGUCGACAGCACUCUGCCUUCUCCUGGCGGUGCGGACGAUGCGAUUUCUGUAGGUAUUAUGAUGGAGUGCGUGCGUGUGCUAGUGAACACCCCAGAUUGGGAGCCCAAACACGCCAUCAUAUUUUUGUUCAACAAUGCAGAGGAGAGCUUGCAGGAUGGAUCGCAUCUAUUCGCUACUCAGCAUCCCGUCGCUAAGACCGUUCGGGCAUUUAUCAAUCUUGAAGCUGCUGGUACAACUGGCCAAGAGAUGCUUUUCCAAGCGACCUCAGAGCAGAUGAUACGGGCGUACUCCUACGUACCAAGACCAUUUGGCACCAUUAUUGCAAGCGAAGUCUUCAGCUCCGGAAUAAUUCUAUCCGAUACAGACUUCCGACAGUUUGAGCAGUACUUGAAUGUUACUGGUUUAGAUAUAGCCAUUGUCAGCAACAGUUACCUCUAUCACAUGCGCAACGAUUUGGUAGAGAACAUAGAGCCUGGUGUUACUCAGCACAUGGGAGAGAACGUCCUUGCGCUGCUUCUGUAUCUCUCUUCCCCGGAGUCUCCUCUUCCCACCUUAACAGAAGGCUACACCCGUCCAACGACGGUCUUCUUCCAGUACCUCGGAUAUUUCUACCUCUAUUCAUUCCGCACCGCUAACACCAUAUACCUGGCCAUGCUCGUAACCUCGCUCAUUCUUGCCAAAGUGACGUAUGUCGACCCUGCUCCUGCCCUGAAGAAGGGAAAAGGCUUGCUGGGUGAGCACGCCAAAGGUAUCUUGGCUGUCUCUAGCGCAUUUGUGGGCUCUCUCGUUGGUGCAAAUGUUGUGGCUGUCGUCAUGCGGCUGGUUCUUGGCAAGGGAAUGAGCUGGUUCUCCUCGGAAUGGUCCUGCGUUGCACUGUAUGGACCUGCGGCUCUUGCAGGGGGCCUUGCGUCUCAGCUGCUCGUAGGUCGGGUACCAGAGCGAACCGUAUUCUCAUCGGUGUUGCUGUUGCAAUCGUUCCUUACGUGUGCCUUGCAAUUCGUCGGUAUCGGCUCAUCGGCAUUAUACUUCUUGUCGUGUGUUGGAUACUGCGCGGCACUAGUCCUCAAUGCCUUCGUAACCAAUUCGAAGGAUGAUAUUUCUUUAUGGAGCUAUCUGAUUGGCCAGUUAAAUCCUCUAAUGGUUGGUACUCAGAUAUUCUGCAUCACGCUCGAUGUGUUCGUCCCCCUGACAGGACGUAUGGGCCAAGAAGCCCCUGCAGAACACAUUAUCGCGUCUAUCGUGGCCUUCACAGGCGGAUAUUCUCUUCCGCUCGCCAUCCCCUUCGUGCACCGUUUCAGCCAUCGUAUGUUAGCGCGGAUGGUGAUCCUCAUGUCGGUGCUGACAGCAGUGAUGAUGGUCGCCUUCUCGAUGAGGUCGCCGUUCGACGCUAUGCACCAAAAGCGCUUGUUUGUGAUACAUAUGGAGAACGUGACGAGUGAGGAGCAACAUCUACAUGUCGCUGCAGCCGACGGUGCACCUGGCUUCGACGUUCUUGCUCAGAGUAUCGCGCGCGACUUCGGUGUAGAAGGCAUGGAUCCCACAUCGGUGAUUUUAAACAGCUGGAGCAAUUACUGGGAGUCCAUGUAUCCCUUCUCUGAGUUCUUGACGCCAUACAAGUUCGACCUUCCUCUCAAACCUGAUUAUCUGGUUGCUCCGGAGCACGACUUCACUAUAACUGCUGCCAAUGAUACCAUAGAUGCAGCGGCCGGCACUAGAAGUCUCACUCUCGUUAUCAACCAUCCAGGUAUCAUAUGGACUGCAAUUGUUUUUGAUGCCCACGUACUGAAGUGGAACCUGGACGAUAACCCUCCCGACGAGUAUGCGCGUCAUCAUAUCAAGGAGGCGUCGUUCUAUGGGCACGAUACCUGGACUGUCGACCUAGUAAUUAAACUGCCUCCAGGCGCAGACGCCAAGGCUGGCUUGAGGGUAGACUUCGUCGGUAUUCACGAAAAGGCCAUGUGGCCGGGGAAGAAGGCAGAGAAGGCGGAGGGCGGACGAGCAAUGGUAUUGUUUGAGGAGUUUGAUGCUUGGAUUGAGAAAGAGAUGGCUGGGACGGUGGAUACUCUCUUGAUAGGCGGUGUUGGCGGUGUAGCUGUGGUAUAG